ACCCCAUUCGUGCACACCACAGACCGCAAUGAUUGGACACUGCCUUCCUCGAUCGUUCAACUCCUAGUUCUGCUUCACCUGGUUGAACGACUGCCUGCCUGAGAGCUGAUCGUUGCUACAGUUGCCAUGACUUAGAAACAUUCCUGAUACAGAGAUGGAGAAAAAGAAACCGUGUCCCCGCCUCCUGGACUACCUGGUGGUAGUUGGAGCCAGGCAACCCAGCAGCGAUAGUGUGGCACAAACACCUCAGCUGCUGAGGCGCUAUCCGCUGGAGGACCACAAUGACUUUCCUCUGCCCCCUGACGUUGUCUUCUUCUGCCAGCCUGAGGGCUGCCUUAGCAUCCGUCAGCGCCGGGUCAGCCUCCGCGACGACACGUCUUUUGUCUUCGCUCUCACCGACAAAGACUCGGGCAUCACCCGCUAUGGAAUCUGCCUCAACUUUUACCGAUCUUUCCAGAAGGGCCACCACCGCCCACGAUCUGAAGGGAAAGGAGAAAGGGCCCCUCAUGCAGACUCUGCAGUGGAGGCCACAGAGAAAUCUGACCCCUCUUCAUUGACACUUCCAGGGGAAUCUACAGUUCCCCCUGCAGGAGAUGGGGCUGUGCCACCAGGCGAGCCGGGCGGCAUUGGAAAAUCUCCACGAGCCAAACGCAGUGGCCGACUGGCACCACAGAACCGGAACAGCACGUUAAUGUCUCUGUGUAUUAUUAGCCACUACCCUUUCUUUUCUACGUUCAGAGAGUGUCUGUACAUCCUCAAACGCAUGGUGGACUGCUGUAGCCAGCGGCUCAACCAGAGACCCGGUGCUGCCAAGUCCACACAGCGGGACACAAUGUGGCGUGUGUUCACAGGCGCUCUGUCCGUUGAGGAAAAGGAGAAGGGCAGUCAGGUGCUACAGGACCUGAGGGAGAUCGAGUCAUGGGUUUAUCGGCUUCUGCAUUCCCCAGUGCCUGUCGCCGGUCAGCGACGUGUUGACGUGGAAGUACUGCCCCACGAGCUGCAGCCUGGACUGACCUUUGCCCUUCCAGACCCGUCCCGCUUCAGCAUUGUUGACUUCCCUCUCCAUCUGCCCCUGGAGCUGCUGGGAGUUGAUGCAUGUCUGCAGGUCCUGGCCUGCAUUCUGCUGGAACACAAGGUGGUACUGCAGUCCCGAGAUUAUAACGCCCUCUCCAUGAGCGUCAUGGCGUUUGUUGCAAUGAUUUACCCCCUUGAGUACAUGUUUCCUGUCAUUCCUCUGUUACCCACCUGCAUGGCCUCCGCAGAACAGCUCCUGCUAGCACCUACUCCAUAUGUCAUUGGGGUGCCUGCCAGUUUCUUCCUGUACAAGACUGAUUUUAAGAUGCCAGAUGACGUUUGGUUAGUGGAUCUGGACUGCAACAAGGUCAUUGCUCCAAGCAAUGCAGAAUUGCUCCCUCCCCUUCCGGAACCCGAGGCCUCUGAGCUGAAGAAACACUUGAAGCAGGCUCUGGCUAGCAUGAGUCUGAACACACAGCCUAUACUGAAUCUGGAGAAGUUUCAGGAUGGACAUGAGAUGUCUUUGUUGCCCCCUGGUCGUGACAAAGCCUCCCCCUCCUCCACUGAGUUCAACCCGCUCAUCUACGGCAAUGAUGUGGACUCAGUUGAUGUUGCCACAAGGGUGGCGAUGGUGAGAUUCUUCAACUCUCCAAAUGUGCUACAAGGAUUUCAGAUGCACACGCGCACUCUGCGCCUUUUCCCUCGUCCUGUGGUGGCAUUCCAGGCCACGUCUUUCCUAGCCUCUCGCCCUCGGAGGAGUGGAUUCACCGAAAAGCUCUCCCACACCCAAGCGGUGGAGUACUAUGGAGAGUGGGCGCUUAAUCCCACCAACCUGGCUUUCCAAAGGAUUCAUAACAAUGUGUACGACCCUUCUCUAAUAGGCGAUAAGCCUAAGUGGUACGCCCAUCAGUUACAGCCAGUAUUCUACCGUGUGUACGAUGCAAACUCUCGUCUGGCAGAAGCAUUGAGUGGACCCCUGCAGGAUGAGACCAAUGAUUCAGACCCAACAGAUGACAGUGGUAGUGACAGUGAAGCAUAUGAUGACUCCAGCUCUUCCUACUCAUCUCUUGGAGAUUUUGUGAAUGAGAUGAUCAAAGGGGACAUACAGGGGGACACACCAAAUGUUGACCCCCUGACCCAUGCUGCUCUGGGAGAUGCAAAUGAGGUAGAGAUCCAUGACUUCCAGGAGUUUAAGGGGGACAGCGGUGACCCAGAGCCAGAGGGUCCCCUAGAGGCAGCAGACAGCCAGCCGCUGCGGUCCAGCUCCAGCACCACGGCCAGUUCGAGCCCCAGUACAGUCAUACAGGGAGUCAACCAUGAGCAGAAGGAACCUGUUGAUGUAGAGGCGACAACUGGUGUGCCCAUCCAGAACUCUGUCCCAGGAUUGGGUGCUCCACCUUUUACAAGACCCGGCCCUGAUCCGGUGCCUGUUGACCCCGGCAAUAAGAAGCGCGAGUAUGAUAAUCCCUAUUUUGAACCCCAGUAUGGCUUCCCUACAGAAGAAGAUGCAGAAGCAGAUGAGCAGGAGGAGAGUUACACACCACGAUUCAAUCAGAAUCUUAAUGGCAAUAAGCCAUCACGUCCAUUGAGACCCAGCAGUCUGAAGCUUCCAGGUGAAUCUGAUGGGGAGGGAGACUCCAGGAAUAGCUCUCCGAACUCCACCAUCUCCAACAAUAGUAACGAUGGCUUCGGGGGACUCAUGUCCUUCGCCAGUAACCUGUAUAAAAACCAUGGCACUAGUUUCAGUCUCUCCAGUCUGGCUCUGCCUAAUAAAGCUCGAGAGAAGAACACACCGUUCCCCAGCCUCAAAGAAUAUUUUAAUUUUGAUUUAACAGAGGACACGGAUCAAGACGAUGGUGAUGACAGUCCUGAAAGUCCUGUAUUUGGGCUAAAUUCUCUUAUGGAGAUUGUAACAGAGAUCGGCCCGGGGAGCGGAGAAGGUGCACGAGCGCCCAGAGCGCUGGUAGAUCAGAAAUCCUCUGUUAUUAAGCACAGCCCCACCGUCAAGAGAGAGUCUCCAUCUCCUCAAGGCAGAGCCAACAACACCAGUGAGAACCAGCAGUUUCUUAAGGAGGUGGUCCAGAGCGUGCUCGAUGGGCAGGGUGUGGGCUGGCUCAACAUGAAGAAGGUACGCCGCCUGCUAGAAAAUGAGCAGCUGCGCGUCUUUGUGCUGAGCAAACUCAACCGUGCUGUCCAAUCUGAGGAAGACGCUCAGCAGGAAGUUAUAAGAGAUGUGGAGAUAAACAGGAAAGUGUACAAAGGCAUGUUGGACUUACUGAAGUGCACAGUGUCCAGUUUGGAGCACUCUUACACUAAUGCUGGCCUGGGAGGCAUGGCCAGCGUUUUCAGUCUGCUCGAGAUAGCGCGCACCCACUACCAAACCAAAGACCUAGACAAGCGGAAACGGAGCCCCACAGAGGGGAUCAACAGCCCCGGCAGUAAGGAGAGCCCAUCGGGCCAAAUGGAGAGUGCCAGGGCGGCAGGCGUACUCCUGGUACCCCGUAUACAAUUGCCACCACCCUCCUCUGGGAAAUCGCCACGGCAGUUUGACACACGGAGUCUGAACGAAGAGAAUUUUAUUGCCUCCAUUGAAUUGUGGAGCAAGCACCAGGAUAACAGAAAGCAAAAAGCUUUGGAAAAAGAACAGAGGGCCGAUGGAGCAAAACAGCGCCUAGAAGGUGGAGACACUGACGAAAAGAAAUCACAGAUCAGUGCUGACAGUGGCCUCAGUGUGACAUCUGGCUCACAGAAGAGUGAUACAGAGUCCCUGGCGAGCUCCGAGCCUCCUGCUCUCACGAGAAGCAACAGUCAGGACUCAGAGGCUAGCACAGUGGUGAGUAACAGCUCAGGUGAAACACUGGGUGCGGACAGCGACCUGAGCAGCACUGCUGGAGACGGCCAAACAGGAAGACAUGCUCAACAUCUCAACCUGUCCCGUGGCACGCUGUCCGACAGUGAGAUUGAGACCAACCCUGCGACCAGCUCUGUGUUUGGCAAGACCCAUAUGCUGAAGCCAGGAGUGAAGGGACCUGUUAGUGUCAAUAAGGGAGCACCAGCACCGCCCCUUGAGGAUGUUAGCAUGAGGAUAUACCUGUGUGAGGGGCUGCUGGGGCGAGAUAAAAGCUCAGUUUGGGACCAACUGGAGGAUGCUGCCAUGGAAACCUUUUCUCUGAGUAAGGAGCGCUCUACUCUGUGGGAUCAAGUGCAGUUCUGGGAGGAUGCCUACUUGGAUGCCGUAAUGUUGGAACGGGAAGGAAUGGGGAUGGAUCAGGGACCACAAGAAAUGAUUGACAGAUAUCUGUCUCUGGGAGAUCAUGACCGCAAGAGACUGGAGGACGAUGAGGACAGACUACUGUCAACUCUCCUGCACAACAUGAUCGCCUACAUGCUUAUGAUGAAGGUCAAUAAAAAUGACAUCAGGAAGAAGGUACGGCGUCUUAUGGGGAAAUCUCACAUCGGCCUCACACACAGUCAGGAGGUCAAUGAAGUCCUGGACCGCCUUGCAAAUUUGAGUGGUCGAGAGCUUUCCCUCAGGCCAAGUGGAAGCCGGCACAUUAAAAAACAGACGUUUGUUGUGCAUGCCGGGACUGAUACAACUGGUGACAUAUUUUUCAUGGAGGUGUGUGACGACUGCAUCGUCUUGCGCAGUAACAUUGGCACAGUCUAUGAGCGCUGGUGGUAUGAAAAGCUCAUUAAUAUGACCUACUGUCCCAAGACCAAAGUAUUGUGUCUGUGGAGGAGGAACGGUCAAGAGACACAACUUAACAAGUUCUACACCAAGAAGUGUCGGGAACUAUACUACUGUGUUAAAGACAGCAUGGAGCGUGCUGCUGCACGACAACAAAGCAUCAAACCAGGUCCAGAGCUGGGAGGUGAGUUUCCAGUUCAGGACAUGAAGACAGGGGAGGGUGGUCUCCUUCAGGUCACUCUGGAAGGCAUCAACCUGAAAUUUAUGCACAGCCAGGAGCGGAAGGUUUUCAUAGAGCUGAGUCACAUUAAAAAGUGCAAUACAGUGAAAGGAGUCUUUGUCCUGGAGGAGUUUGUUCCUGAAACUAAAGAAGUGGUGAUCCAUAAGUACAAGACUCCCAUGGCAAAUCAGAUCUGUUACUCGGUGCUCUGCCUCUUCUCCUACAUGGCGGCGGUCAAAGGGAAAGAGUCAGAGGGCAAGCCCAAGAUGCUGUCCCCUCGUCCACUACCGAGCUAGCACAUUUCUCUCCUACGUUUACUUCAGCCCACUCCUGAACUCCUGCAAUACAACUGUUCAAUACAAGCUGACACUCUUGCCAUGCUCCUUUCAGGACCUCUGCUCCUGUACCAAUUCACAUUUUCAACGCAUCUGUCCUAAAAGAAACGACCCAUUCAUAUAAUAGAUCUUGUGACGUACCCGAUAUAGUAUUCCAGUCCGACACUAAAAUGCUGGCGUUUCAUUCUCAUAGUAUGGACCAACCAGAACAAGAAUAGACUUUGAAUACUAUUGGUUGGCGCCCCCCUCCCCCCAUUUAUACAGUUUUAUUUAUUGCAAUCGGAGGCAUUUGGUUGAAUGCACGUCCCAUGCGCUGCUCUUGCGAGUUGGCACUGGCAUGCAGAGAUCAGGCUGAUAUAAGUCAACAGGCUGUGUAUUUAAUAUUUAUGUGCGAAGUUGUACUGUAAAUUCCAGUCUGUACUGUCUGUUGUGGGUGAAAUGUUCAAGUCUUUCCAAUCUUGCGCUGCCACGUAUGAGGGGUUUGCCUUAACCCUCCGUCCCAUUCCUAAAUGUCUGUUUCUCCCUCCUUUAACUGCUAUAAGUGUAUCUCUUUAGCUCUUGCCAUGUGAGGCUCAAACUGCUGUGCUAUUUCUGCUGUAAAGUUCCCUGUCUGUGAACUGCUGUGUUAAAAUGCAUGUCACUUGAAAAUAAUGAAUAUUUAAAAAAGGAAGAUAUCUGUACAUCCCUGAAGCAAUGCUGAAAAAGCAACAGAAAUGUUUAUGAAAAACUGUAGUUUGUUUUCUAGAUGUGCAAUACUCUCACUAGUGCGUACCAAGAACAAGUCCAGUCACGUCCUUAUAGAGUUCAUCCACUGUCCUCCAGUGUUCAUAAUGAGGUGACCGGCAUCGCUUCUAUGUUUUCUGUUAGUUUGUUGCCGUUUUUUGACAGCAAUGAAAAUGGCAUUAUUGAUCUAGAGGACAGCUACAUUUGGAGAUUGUUGGAAAAGUCUUGUCCAAAAUGUCCUGUUUGAAGUGUCCUCUUUCUGUUUGUGUGUGUUUGUGUUAGAAACACAGAUGACAAAGAGAGUUUGUCUGUUCUUCGAGGGGCAAAUUUUCUCUAGUCAUCUCUUCUUGACUACUAGAUUGGGCAGUACAGCCGUCACAUUCACAUAUUUUAAUAUUCUUUUAUGUUUUGCUCACAUUUUUAAUCAUUCACGUGUAUGAAUGUGCACAAAAAAGCUGUUGUUUUGUGACUCCAUUCAGUUCCGUUGUUGAAUGCAGACUGUAAAUGCAAUUGAAAAGCCCACUCAUUAAUGAUUUAGAGAUGUAAAUAGCACAAAACUGAUUUCCCAGAGUCCAAGUCUCCAAAACAGAUGUUUUGAGGUGGACAGUGUAUCAGGUCUGUUGUUUGAAAGUGUGAGUGAGAUCUACAAUUGCACAUUAUUUGGGCUUUCAUUUUAGUCUGUAUUGUUUAGAAUCAGAGGGAAGGAAUGAAUAGAGACAUGGAUGUAAAUAUUUCAGCAUUUAAAAAUAUUUAUAGAACCUGUACAGCUUUCGCAAUAUGAAAAUAAAAGAUGUCCAACCCAAA